AAAACUGAUAGCAUAAAAUCGCAAAUGCUUUAUCAAUUGAUAUCCAACAUUUGUUUGAUUGGCCACUAACUUUAGCGUCUACUAACCAUUUACUCUAAUGAAGACAAAUUUCCGAAAUUAACAAAUAGUCUUUGUGCUCAAGAGCCACGAAUCACAACAAUAUUCAUUAAAUAAAAAUAUAUAAACAUGGUACGACCAUUACCACCAGUUCUACAAAAAAUUGCCAUUGACGAAUUGAAUGAAGAUCCCAAGCGUGUCAAUGAUGACAUUGAAGCCUUAAAGACCUGGAUUAGUCAACAGCCACACUUGAGGGCACGUACCGAUGAUCAGUUUCUUUUGGCAUUUUUACGUGGCUGUAAAUUCAGUUUGGAAAAGGCCAAAUCGAAAAUUGAUCGUUAUUAUAUGUUGAGAUCAAAAUUUCCUGAAUUGUUUUCACUGAGAGAUGUCAAGAAUCCACACAUUGAGGAAAUUGUUAAAUUGGGCAUUGGUUUGGUUUUGCCGACACCACUGAAUGAAACUGGUCCCAGAAUAAUGUUGAUCCGUAAUGGCUGCUAUGACCCUGCUAAAUAUAAUUUUGCUGAUAUUAUGCGUGUUGCCCAGGCUUGCAAUGAAAUCUUAAUGUUGGAAGACGAUUAUGCCAUUGUGAAUGGUUUUGUACACAUUAUGGAUUUAAAAGGAUGGACCAAAGAACAUUUCUUCCAGGUCACUCCAAGUCUGAUGAAGAAGAUGACUGUCUAUUCGGAGGAGGCAAUGCCAUUAAGGCCGAAAUCUUCACAUGCCAUUAAUGCUCCGUCGAUAUUUGAAUCUGUUUUUAAUAUGCUUAAGCCAAUGAUGUCCAAGAAACAAGUUGACAGGAUGGUCAUUUAUGGUUCUAAUAUUGAAAAAAUGUACGAGAAAAUACCCCUGAAAUAUUUACCCAAAGAAUAUGGUGGGGAAAAUGGUUCCAUACCAGAAAUCAUUGAGGAAUGGCAUAAGAAAUUCUUGGAGUAUAGCGAUUUCUUCGCCGAAGAUGAGAAAUAUGGUACCGAUGAAAAUCUUAGACCUGGCAAACCGGUAGAUUUUGAAAAUUUAUUUGGCAUGGAAGGUUCAUUCCGAAAAUUGAAUGUAGAUUAAUGCGUUUUUAAUCAUGUGUAAAUAUUCCAUAACAUACAAAAUGCCGAAUUUGUCAAUUUUGCCAAAAUUGUACCUAUAAUGUUCUGAAGAGAAAAUGGUUUCUCUAUUCCGUUUUUGGCGGAAAAUAAUAAAAAUGUGUAGCCUAAUCUUAUCAAAAAUUUGUUUUAUGUAUUUAUACAUGUAUAGA